UAUCUUUACGCGAGAGUUGCCGCGUGGAAUUGACGCGCAAGUAGGCAGGUUUUGGAUGUGCCAGCCAAAGGGUACGCUUAUCCUUGACGUCGUCCUCAAGGUCCGAUCGCCAGACUGGUUGAAACCCACGGGAUACGCCACCACACCACGAUACGUUUCGUGGAUGUUUCAGCGAGUGUCUGCUCACACACGCCUGUGAGUCGUGAAUCGCAACCACAAAAUGUCCCUCCGAAAGGUUCUAAAGUAUGGAAUCUUCGGUAGUGCCGUGCUCGGGACGGGGCUUAGUUUACACGCGAACGAUUAUGACCUCAACUCGGUCGGCAUCGUGCGGCUUGGGCGUGCCGGUGCGACCGUAUUCGAUAUCGCCACCACCUACAAAGCGAACCUGUACAGCCGCGAAUGGGCGGACAAGAACUCGCGCGAGUAUCUGCAGCUGAAAAGUGACACCCAUCGUGCGGCUGCGGAAAAGCUGCUCGAGCUGUGCCGCACGAACCGUGGCGUGUACAUCAAGGUGGGUCAACAUAUAGGGGCGCUCGAGUAUCUGCUGCCGCCGGAGUACGUCAACACGAUGAAGGUGCUGCACAGCAAUGCGCCGCAAAAUCCGGUCGAGGAUCUUUAUCGCGUCAUACGGCAAGAUUUGCGCGUCGAUCCGAGCGAACUGUUCGAAUCGUUCGAUCCGGAACCGCUCGGAACGGCCUCGCUCGCGCAGGUACACCGGGCGACGUUGCGAGACGGACGAGAAGUUGCGGUCAAGGUGCAACACCCCUACGUGAAGGGUAACUCCACCGUGGACAUCAAAACGAUGGAAGUGCUGGUGAAGUUGGUCGCGUGGGCCUUUCCCGACUUUAAGUUCCAGUGGUUGGUGGACGAAUCGAAGCGCAACCUGCCGGUCGAGCUGGACUUUGCCAACGAGGGGCGCAAUGCGGAAAAGGUGAAGGAAAUGUUCCGCCACUACCGGUGGCUAAAGAUACCGGGCGUGAUCUGGGAGUACACGACACCGCGCGUACUCAUGAUGGAGUACACGAAGGGUGGCCAGGUGAACGAUCGCGAGUACAUACAGCGGGAAAAGCUCGAUCCGUACGAUAUCGCGAACAAGAUCGGUCAGCUGUACUCGAACAUGAUCUUUCUGAAGGGUUUCGUGCACAGCGAUCCGCACCCGGGAAACAUUCUCGUUCGCCGUAGCGAGCAGAACGGUGGGACGGAGAUUGUGCUGCUGGAUCACGGGCUGUACGCGGAGCUAACCGAGAAGUUCCGGUACAACUAUUCGAAGCUGUGGUUAAGCAUUCUUCGCGUUGAUCAGGCGGGCAUGAAGAAGUACGCACAGGCACUGGGCGUUGAGGGUAGCAUGUGGGGAUUGUUUGCCUGUAUGGUCACCGGGCGACCCUGGAACUCGGUCAUUCACGGUGUGGAUAAGGUGAAGCAGGACGAUGCUGAGAAAGAAUUGAUCCAAACCGAGGGCAAACUGGUACUGCCACACAUUUCCGACGUGCUCGAAAAAGUCGACCGCCAGAUGCUGCUGGUGUUGAAAACGAACGAUCUAAUACGGGGCAUUGAAACGACGCUGCGCACACAGAACCGUAUGACCGCGUUCUGGGUGAUGUCCAAGUGUUGCGUGAAAAGCAUCGGCAGCCAGGAAUAUCUCAGUGCGGCGAAUACGUGGAGCAAACUGGCCACCUGUCUGCAGGAACAAUGGUGCAUACUGAAGCUAAACCUUUACUACCUGUACCGGGGGAUCGUGUCGCUUCAUUUGCUGUCCGCGUUGAAGAUGAUCUUCUGAGAAGCGUGCAAGAAACGACCCUGCAACAAACAAACAAAAAACAUACAGAUUCACCAGACAGACACCUAAAACACACUCAGGAACAUACUUUGGGCAUUGACGUACAGUGUUUAGCUUUAUUCUGGGGAAGAAAAAAUAGGGAAGGAUCAUUAAGAACGUUUUUUUUUGUCUGUAGACGAAAGUGUAAUUAGCGAAGCACAGAACCGCAUCAUUUGUACGGUUUUUAGAUAAUGCUAUUGUUUUCUUGUAUUGUUACCUUUUUUUUAUCAUCGAACAUUUUGUGCCGGAAUAUUUAUUACGAUAUUAGUUUCCCUUACCACACUUUUCAUAACCAGCGUGGUUGUUGUUCGCUUCAUCAUUAGUGAGGAAUUAAUUAUUGUAAUCGAGAUAUAGAGCUAUUGAAGGGACAGGGAGGAGGGUGUACGGGUCACGGGUUAGUUCUACCGCGGCAGAACGAACUGGUAAUUAAGUGUUCAUAGUACGUAGAUAAAAAAAAAGGCUUCCGACCUAUUGAUUUCGCUAUCGUGGGGGCAGUGUUGUGAAAAAAUAAAUAAAUGGUAUGUACGUAAAAUGGCGACUCAGUAC